AUGAAGGAAGAUCAGGAGCACGUGAAGGAGAGAGAUGUCAUGCUGAAUCCCGACCAAACAGCUAUUUCGAUUCGUGAUGUGCCAGGAUCUUGUCGAAUUCAUUUUCCUUUACACACGCUGAAAGUUCUCCAACUAUCUCUAAAUAUCAUAAAUCCCGUUGAGAAUUUAAUAUUCUUCUUGCUGAGCAGCAAACGAACAGUGAUCUUUCGCUUUUCCCAUGUUCGUCGUUACAUUGCAAAUAUCUAUGGAUUUACGGAUUGGUCAAAUUGUGAUUCCAAAGAAAAGACAUUCCACAGAGGAAAAAAAGAUGAGUUUUCGUCCUUGGGAUUUGUUGAAUCAUUGGAACGAACUGGCAAUUCGAACAGCAACAGAAACAUUCAUCCGAUGAAAACGAUGCAACGCUGA